AUGGCAAGGACCGAGGUCUCUGACCCUUCCGAGCAUUUCACCAAAAUCAAAGAGCUAGAGUUGGUGCCAGAAAAAGCCCAGGAGGAGGAGGGUGGAGUGAGCAGAACGAAGGAGCCCCCAAGCCCUGGAGAGGUGGAGGCGCAGUGCGCCUAUGGGGCCCUCCUGACCCAGAUGCCCGGGGGAGAGCAGGAGCUGGUGCCUGCCACCGUGGAGGACAGUGGGAGGCACAUCCUGACCCUGCAGGCAGUGCACCCCACCUUCGAAGACGGGGAGCUGCAGGUCAGCUGUCUGAUGCCACAGCACCAAGAGGGGGUGCAGGUGAUGGUGCAGCAGACCAGCAGUGGGGUGCCGUCGCUGCUGUGGGUCAGAGAGGGGACCCAGCAGAGCCUGCACCAGUACGUGGCCAUCAGCAUCCAGGACGAGGUGUACUCGCUGCAGGCAGUGGAGCACAUGCAGUUCCACAUCCUGCAGGACAGUGUGGCCGUGGCCACUGAAGACAGUAAGUGUGUGGAGAGCCUGCCUGAAGGCGCUGGAUUGAUUAAGCUUGAGAAAAGUCAGGAGGAGGUCCAGCUACCAGCUGAAGGAGGUGUCAAGGAAACACAAGACCAGUUCUUUCUUGUGGAAGCAAGGCAGGGAGAUGAAAUUGUCCUGACAAUUUCAGACUUAAACGUGAAAGAAACAGAAGAUCAGCCUGCGCCUAUUCAACCACAUGUUGAAAGAGCCAACUCUCCAAAACCUCAACAAGAGACCAAGGGAGGAAAACGGACCUUCCACUGUGACUUGUGCAGGUUCACCACAGCCAGAAUUUCGAGUUUAAAUCGUCACAUGAAAACUCACACCAACGAGAAACCGCACGUGUGUCACCUGUGCCUGAAAGCUUUCCGCACGGUCACCCUGCUGCGGAACCACGUCAAUACCCACACAGGAACCAGGCCCCACAAGUGUGGUGAUUGUGAUAUGGCCUUUGUCACCAGCGGAGAGCUUGUCAGGCACAGACGUUACAAACACACUCACGAGAAGCCGUUUAAAUGCUCCAUGUGCAAGUAUGCGAGCGUGGAAGCGAGUAAGUUGAAGCGUCACAUCCGGUCACACACGGGGGAGCGUCCCUACCAGUGCCAUCUCUGCAGCUACGCCAGCAAGGACACCCACAAGCUGAAACGACACAUGAGGACACACUCAGGCGAGAAGCCCUACGAAUGCCACUUCUGCCAGGCGCGCUUCACCCAGAGCGGCACCAUGAAGAUACACAUCGCGCAGAAGCACAGCGAGAACGUCCGCAAGCACCAGUGUCCGCACUGUGCCGCGGUCAUCGCGAGGAAGAGCGACCUGCGCGUCCAUUUGCGCAACCUGCACACUUACAAAGCCACAGAGAUGGAGUGCCGCUACUGCUCCGCUAUCUUCCACGACCGCUACGGCCUCCUUCAGCACCAGAAAACUCACAAAAAUGAGAAGAAGUUCAAGUGCGAGUAUUGCAGCUACACCUGCCAGCAGGAGCGCCACAUGACUGUUCACACCCGAACCCACACUGGAGAGAAACCAUUUGCCUGCCUCUCCUGCAACCAGUGCUUCCGACAGAAGGACCUUCUAACCGUUCAUGUCAAGAAAUACCACGAUGCUGACUUCACCCCAGCUGUUUACGAGUGCUCCAGCUGCGGCAAAGGCUUUUCCCGCUGGACUAACAUGCGAAGACACUCAGAGAAGUGUGAGGCAGGAGAGGGAAAAUCGGCGACCGCAGGGACAGGAAGCGCGACGAUGGGGAAGUCGGCCAUCCCGAGGGAGGCGGCGAAGAAAGACGAAGCCGCUGUCGAGGAGGUCUCCCUGGUGACCGGAGAGCAGUACCCCGAAGAGAUGGUUCCUGUGAACUUCGGGGAAACCGCAGCCGGAAGCGGGGACCUGGAUGGAGACCUGACCUGUGAGAUGGUCCUCAACUUGCUGAAUGAGUGAGGCGCCCGGGUGUCCUCACAGCAUGUCAUUCUCCCCCAAGUUAGAAAGGUUUAGCAUCUUCUUUGAAACAAUGAAGUUCGUGACACUGGAUGGUCACACUUUUCCAAAGCUUGAUGGAGUGCCUAGAAUUGUUUGCCUAUUUUUGACUUGAUCUUUUAAAAAAACAUUACAGGUAUUUUAUAAAAGGCCCACAUCUUGAACUAGGGCAUAAAACCUCAAACCCAUGAAUUCAUUCACUAGAUAUUGGCCACAAUGAAUGAGCAGUGAUUUUUGGAUAAUACUUGUUUCUGUAGUUCAGGAUAUUGAGUGCUUCGGCCAACAGUCAAAGCUGGGAAAUUUUAUGUUGAAUUGUGUCACCCCGUGACAUUUCUAAUAUUAUGGUUUUUUAAACAUAAAAUAUUAAUUUUAUAUCCUUUUUCUACAGAUGAAUUUUCCAUAAAAUUUAAAGUCAUUAUAAUGCUUUUAAUUAGUUCUAAAUUCAACACAAAAGGUCUUAAUAUUAUACCAAGAUAAAAACUGAGCAGAAAAUGAAAAACUCUGAAACUGACUAGAAAAUAACACUUGACCUCUUCUCCCUUGUUCCCUGAGCAAAGUAUACCGUUAGGGUUUCAUAUUCUUCCUAAUUACAUCCUUGCCAGGUAGGAGAUCCCCCCACUCACUUCCCAUUGUUCUUUAUCAGCGUAUUGGCUCUCACCCUUUUCUUUUGCUAAAACUAUUUUUUUUAUGUUUUCAAAAUAAUUGGCAGAAAAGAAACAAACGUGAUAAUGGAAAUAUGUCCUUGGAAAGAAUUUGUUCUUUUUAUAACACCCUGCAAACAGCGAGUCCCACUCGACCCCUGAGGAGACCCUUCCCGCCUCCAAACAGCACGUGAAGCUUGUCUGGUCCUUAAAAUCCGCAGGGACCUAUCUUUCUAAUGAGUUAGAUCUUCCUUCUUAGCUCAGCCCUUGGUUUUGCUGCGAAUUUUUCUCCCCAUAUUUUAAAAUCAAUGAUAGGUCCUAAAUUCAAAAUCU